AUGAAGUUCGGCAAGACCUACAUGGAGACCAUGGCCGAUUCUUCCUUUCCGGAGGAGUGGAGAAAUGGAGCAUUGGAGUACAAGCAUCUGAAGAAGCUCAUCAAUGGUGUUGUUGCUGAACUCGAAUCCAUCGGCUUGGGUGCUGACGUCCUUCGGGAGCUUCUUAUCCGCCCCGAGGAUGAAACCGACUCACCAACUUCCUCUCCGCCAAAGACGAAACCCCAGUCACUCGAUGCCGACUUGGACGACCUCGACUCAGCAGUAGCAGAUGAUUCCGGCAACAGCUCGGAACAGCAAGAUGAGCCAACAACCAAAAAGGAGCUCACUCCGGCUGGCAAGUGGGUCAGCGACUUCUCGGUGGACAUGAUUCGCAGAGCCCCUUCGCCUGGGCACAAGAAAGGGAUCUAUCUCGAUGAGGCUUCGUCUAGCUCUAACCGAAAAGCUGAGGCAUCCGCGUCACCAGCCCCAUCAAACUUUCUUGCUAUUCCCACCUCUCCCAAGCCACGCAGUUACAGUCACGGUGUCGAAGAGCUCAGCACCUCACUCGACCAUGUGCAUCUCCAGUCCGGCUCGCGCACACGAGCCUCCUUCAAUGCUGGCUCGGCACCCGAUCCGACCAAAUGGGCAGGCAUCGGUCGUAAAGUUCUCGCUGCGAUGCGACAAGGGAGCAGCUCGCCCGACGUCAACGGCAAGACAAGAGCAAGCUACUCCCAUGACCCAAGCCCAGGACACCACGAUUGGUCUGCCAGCAAGUGGAGGCAAGAGGCAAAGCUCGAUUGGGAUCCCAGCUUAACCCCUGUCAGGCCUAGUCGCGCAUCACUAGCAUCACCCUCCGCUUCUCGCACCGAACGCAGCACAAGUCCAGCCAAGCAUCGUUGGGUUGAAGGCAAGUUCGGUCGACGUGCACGUGCAGAGUACGAGCUCGGCGGAACACCGGAUCAUCCAGUACCUCGUAUCCGACUCUACAUCGAAUCGCCUCUUCCUUCCGACGAUGAAAGUGACGAUGAAGGCCAGCAGGACGACGCCGGUAGCGCUUCAGACGACGCCAGCAGCCGCAAGAGCAUCGAAGAGCAAAUCAUCGAGCUUUCCGCCAUACCCACACGACGCUUCUCCACCAUCCCCGAAGACGGACCCGAAGGCGAGACCCGGGAGCAAAAAGCCAAACGUCAAAGCGAAAUUCGCAGAAAGCGCGGAGUGCGAUCUCGCGAGAUCGUCAUCCCUCUCACCGCCGAUACGCAAUUCCUGGAUACCCUCACACACGCACUUCAGAACCUGUCCAACAUCCAGUCCCACCAACGCGACAACUUUGUCUCCGAGACCGAGUCGCUUUGCUCUUCCAUCGCACGCGCGUCAAGCCCAUUCGCAUCGAAGAACGACCUCUACGUGUGGAGGGAGAUCUUCGGGCUUUGGGUCGACACGCAGGUGUUUGAAAGUCAACGCGAAAAGGAUCGCGGCGAGCUAAGUAUCGACGAAACUGAAGCUCGACUGAAACGUUUUGCGAUUGAGCUUGCCAAGCGUGGAUGGAUCCACGAUCCAAAUGCCGCCCCAGCUCCGAAUAAGAAGGGUAGAUUGGUCAAGCUCAAGCUCGGAACAGGACCUAGUAGUCAAGGAUUGAACAACCAGACUAGUGCAGCGGCUAUUGAGGACUUUUUGCGUCUCAACUUUGCUUUGUUGGAUGUCAAGAAGUUCCAGCGAGUCAAUGUAGAGGCGGCGAGGAAGAUCCUGAAGAAGCACGAUAAAAGGACGGCGUUGACGGCGAGUAAUGAUUUGAGGACGUUUAUGGCUCAACAGGAGGCUUCGAGACGAGCUAUGGCGAUCCAUCCUGUCGGGUCGGGUGGAGUGAUCAAUCUGCCAGCAUCGGCAUUGCAGCAAACGCCUGAGCUAUUGAACGGCAACUCGACUGGGCUUGUUUCUUCAGCUGCCCAUCCUUCCCUCGCUGCACUCUUGCCAUCGGCCACCACAGGUAUCCUGUCAGAAUCGCUGCCACACAUCCUUCUCUCCCUAGUCACUACGACUCUGCUCCCGAUCUUGCCAUCGGUAGACGACUACAGCUGUGCGAUCUGCACCUCUGUAGCCUGGCGACCUGUUCGUCUUGACUGCUCGCAUCUCUUCUGCUUGCGAUGCUUAGUCAAGCUCCAGAGACAGGGUAAAGACGACUGUCCGCUCUGCAGAGCUCCAGGUGUUGUCAAGUCAGCCGAUAAACGCAACAUGGACGAAGAAUCCGACAAGUAUCUCCAAACAUGGUUCCCAAAGGAGGUCAAGGAGAAGAACAAGGACAACGAGAAGGAACGUCGAGCCGAGGAACUGGAGGCGAUGGGCUUCAAAGAGCGUGAUGAGAAGUGCCUUGUCAUGUAA